GGAAGCUACCUUAAUGUACAUCCCCACUGCCAGUCCUCAGCUGUCUCCUGUUCUCCCCAUCGGUCCCUCCUCUGUCCCAGGAUGGCGGCCAGCCUGUGGGGCUGGCUGCUCUGGGCCCUGCUCCUGUGCUCCGUGCGGGGCGAGCUGUACACACCCAUCCACCAGGCCAGCUACUGCACCUUUUACGAGGAGUGUGGGAGAAACCCAGAACUGUCGGGCAGCCUCACAGCGCUGUCCAACGUGUCCUGCCUGUCCAACACCCAGGCCCGCCUCAUCACGGGCGACCACCUGGCCCUCCUACGGCGCAUCUGCCCACGCCUCUAUGCUGGCCCCAACACCACCUACGCCUGCUGCUCUGCCAGCCAGCUGGUGUCUCUGGAGAUGAGCAUGGCCAUCACCAAGGCCCUCCUCACCCGCUGCCCAGCCUGCUCUGACAACUUUGUCAGUCUGCACUGUCAGAACACCUGCAGCCCUGACCAGAGCCUCUUCAUCAACGUCACCCGCGUGGUCCCCCGGGGAGCCAGCGAGCCCCCGGCUGUGGUGGCCUAUGAGGCUUUCUACCAGCGCAGCUUUGCAGAGGAGGCCUAUGAGUCCUGCAGCCAGGUGCGCAUCCCUGCAGCUGCCUCACUGGCCGUGGGCACCAUGUGUGGUGUGUACGGUUCUGCCCUUUGCAAUGCCCAACGCUGGCUCAACUUCCAGGGGGACACGGGGAAUGGCCUGGCCCCCCUGGACAUCACCUUCCACCUCUGGGAGCCCAGCCAGGCCCUGCCUGCUGGCAUACAGCCUCUGGAUGCCAUGAUCAUGCGCUGUAAUGAGACCCAGGACAAUGGCACAGCAGCAUGCUCCUGCCAGGACUGCGCUGCCUCCUGCCCCGCCAUCCUCCCACCCUCCAACCUGCGUCCCUUCUUCUACAUGGGCCGCUUGCCAGGCUGGGAGGUCCUCAUCAUCAUCUUCUGCUCUGUCUUCGUGCUGCUCAUCGCCGUCCUUGCCUACUUCCGUGUGAUUUCCAAGAGGAGGGAGGGCGGGACACAGGGCCUCCCAAGAACCCCCAGCCCUCCAAAGAAACACAGGUGCUCCCCACACACGGCCCUUGGCCGGUUUUUCGAGAGUUGGGGAAGAAGGGUGGCCUCAUGGCCACUGACCUUCCUGGCAGUGUCCCUUGCAGUAGCUUUGGGCCUGGCAUCGGGCCUGACAUUUGUGAGACUCACCACGGACCCUGUGGACCUGUGGUCAGCCCCCAAGAGCCAAGCCCGGCGGGAGAAGGAGUUCCAUGACCAGCAUUUCGGCCCCUUCUUCCGAACCAACCAGGCUUUCCUGACGGCAACGAACCGGUCCAGCUACAUGUACAACUCCCUGCUACUAGGGCCCAAGAACUUCAGCGGGGUCCUGAGCCUGGACCUGUUGCUGGAGGUGCUGGAAUUGCAGGAGAGGGUGAGGCACCUGCAGGUGUGGUCCGCUGAGGCACAGCGCAACAUCUCCCUGCAGGACGUCUGCUACUCGCCCCUCAAGCCGCAUAAUGCCAGCCUCUCUGACUGCUGCGUCAACAGCCUCCUGCAGUACUUCCAGAACAACCGCUCGCUCCUGCUGCUCACCGCCAACCAGACACUGAUGGGCCAGACCGCCCAGGUGGACUGGAGGGACCACUUUCUCUACUGCGCCAAUGCCCCCCUCACCUUCAAAGAUGGUACUGCCCUGGGCCUGAGCUGCAUGGCUGACUACGGUGCUCCUGUUUUCCCUUUCCUUGCUGUGGGUGGAUACAAAGGGAAGGACUACUCGGAGGCAGAGGCCCUCAUCAUGACCUUCUCCCUCAACAACUACCCCGCGGGUGAUCCCCGGAUGGCUCAAGCCAGGCUCUGGGAAGAGGCCUUCGUGCAGGAGCUGGCAGCCUUCCAGAAGAGGAUGAAUGGCAUGUUCCAGGUCGCCUUCAUGGCUGAGCGCUCUCUGGAGGAUGAGAUCAACCGUACGACACUCAAAGACCUGCCUGUCUUUGCCGUCAGCUACAUUGUCAUCUUCUUGUACAUCUCCCUGGCCCUUGGCAGCUACUCUAGAUGUGACCUCGUGCCGGUGGAGUCCAAGGCCACGCUGGGCCUGGGAGGGGUGGCCGUGGUGAUGGGAUCAGUUGUGGCUGCCAUGGGCUUCUACUCCUACCUGGACAUCCCCUCCUCCCUGAUCAUCCUCCAAGUAGUGCCCUUCCUGGUGCUGGCGGUGGGUGCCGACAACAUCUUCAUCUUUGUCCUCGAGUACCAGAGGAUGCCACGGAGACCUGGGGAGGGGCGAGAGGCCCACAUCGGCCGAGCCCUGGGUAGCGUGGGCCCCAGCAUGCUGCUCUGCAGCCUCUCAGAGACCAUCUGCUUCUUCCUGGGAGCCCUGACCCCCAUGCCAGCAGUGCGGACCUUCGCCAUGACCUCUGGCCUGGCGGUCUUCCUCAACUUCCUGCUGCAGAUAACUGCCUUCGUGGCCCUGCUCUCCCUGGACAGCAAGAGGCAAGAGGCCCUCCGCCCCGACAUCUUCUGCUGCCUUGCUCCCCGGAAGCUGCCCCCACCCGACCCGAAGGAGGGUCUCCUGCUCAGCUUCUUCCGCAAGAAAUACACCCCCUUUCUGCUGCAUGGCUUCACCCGCCCAGUUGUGCUGCUGCUGUUCCUGGCCCUGUUUGGAUUCAGCCUCUAUUGCAUGAGUCACCUCGUCGUGGGGCUGGACCAGCAGUUGGCACUGCCCAAGGACUCUUACCUGCUCGACUACUUCCUUUUUGUGAACCGAUACUUUGAGGUGGGGCCCCCUGUGUACUUUGUCACCACCUCAGGCUACAACUUCUCCAGCGAGGCUGGUAUGAAUGCUAUCUGCUCCAGCGCAGGCUGCGACCCCUUCUCUUUGACCCAGAAGAUCCAGUAUGCCACUGAGUUCCCGGACCAGUCGUACCUGGCCAUCCCUGCUUCCUCCUGGGUGGACGACUUCAUCGACUGGCUGACCCCAUCCACCUGCUGCCGCAUAUAUACCUUGGGUCCCCAUAAGGACGAGUUCUGUCCCUCAACGGAGAAUGCCUUUCUAUGCUUAAAGAACUGCAUGAGCUUCACGACCGGCCCUUUGCGGCCCACAGUGGAGGAGUUCCACAAGUACCUUCCCUGGUUCCUGACUGACCUGCCCAAUAUCAACUGUCCCAAGGGUGGCAUGGCGGCGUACAGCACCUCUGUGAACUUGAGCGCAGAUGGACAGGUUAUAGCCUCUCAGUUCAUGGCCUACCACAAGCCCCUGAAGAACUCUCAGGACUUCACAGAGGCCCUCCAGGCCACGCGCUUGCUGGCCAACAACAUCACAGCUGAGCUGCGGAAGGUGCCGGGGACAGAUCCGUCCUUCGAGGUCUUUCCCUACACGAUAACCAACGUGUUCUACCAGCAGUACCUGACUGUGCUACCUGAGGGCGUCUUCACGCUGGCGCUCUGCUUCCUGCCCACCUUCCUGGUCUGCUACUUCCUGCUGGGCAUGGACAUCCGUUCCGGCCUCCUCAACCUGCUCGUCAUCAUCAUGAUCCUCGUGGACACCACUGGCCUCAUGGCCAUGUGGGACAUCAGCUACAAUGCCGUGUCCCUCAUCAACCUGGUAGCGGCAGUGGGUAUGUCUGUGGAGUUUGUGUCCCACAUCACUCGCUCCUUUGCCAUCAGCACCAAGCCCAGCCGGCUGGAGAGGGCCAGGGAGGCCACCAUCUCUAUGGGCAGUGCGGUAUUCGCUGGGGUGGCCAUGACCAACCUGCCGGGUAUCCUCAUCCUGAGCCUGGCCCAGGCCCAGCUCAUCCAGAUCUUCUUCUUCCGCCUCAACUUCCUGAUCACCGUGGUGGGCCUGGUACACAGCCUGGUCUUCCUGCCUGUCAUCCUUAGCUACCUGGGGCCCGAUGUCAACCCUGCCUUGGUGCUGGAGUAAGAGUGACUUCAGGGAGUGGCAACAGCCCCAAAGACCUCCUGCCCCAAGCAGCCCCUGCCUCCCAGUGCCCCCACUGCCUACCCCUACAUCAACCAUGGCUUCAAUGGCCCUGCUGUGGCAACUGUGGCCUACAUCAGCGCUUUGCCCAUGAGUGGGUGGGAGCACCUGCCCUGCAGCUCUGACUGCCUACCCCUCCUCAGCGCUUGGGAGACACUGCUCCAGGAAGGCAGCUGUCACUCGGGCCAUGAGCUGUCCAGCAGCACCAUGGUGGCUCCUUUGUGUCCUUCAGGCCUUGGCCAGCUGAGAUGGUCUUAUCCUUCUGGACCCAUGUCUUGGAGCCCUUGUGUAGGCAAACUCAAUGUUGACCCUGGGCUUGGACUUUCUCACAGAUGCCUGCCUCUCACCCACUUCUUCCUUCUGUCAAGUCUCCUGUCAAAAAAGCCUCCAUUCUUGAACCAGACAUGGUGGUGCAUCCCUAUAA